UUCCUAGCAUUUCUAAUGAAUUUCAUUGUGCGUGAACUGCGGGAAAUGAAUGAUGCGAUGAUUGGGAGCAUAUCAAGGAGAAGAAGAUGUUGGCGUAGACAGAAAUUGUCACACAUUGCCCCUGAUGUUUCUCCAUGUGAGUUUGAGUGUGAGUCAGAACCAGAACCAGAGCUAGUUGACAAAGGACAGUGGGCAAACUUGCCUACAGAAUUGCUUUCGGAUAUAAUAAGCAGAGUUGAAGAGAGUGAAGCUUCAUGGCCUGCAAGGAAUGCUGUGGUUUCUUGUGCUUCGGUUUGCAAAUCUUGGAGAGAUAUUACAAAGGAGAUCGUCAAGACACCGGAGCAGUGUGGAAGACUCACCUUUCCCAUUUCAUUGAAACAGCCGGGAUCUCGAGAUUCUCCAAUUCAAUGCUUUAUCAAAAGGGACAGGACAGCCUCCAUUUAUCGGCUCUACUUAGGUCUAACCCCUUCUGAGAACGGAAAUGAAAAACUAUUAUUGGCUGCUAGAAGGAUCAGAAGGACGACCAGAACUGAAUUCAUAAUAUCCCUCCCCCUGGUUCAGGACAACUUUUCUAGUAAUAUCGGGAAACUCAAGUCCAACUUCGUGGGCACCAAAUUCACCGUUUACGACACCAAGCUUAAUAGCAGGUCGGGUAAAGAAGGGUUAUUCCGUACCAAGAAGAAACUUCCUCCAAGAUCACAUCCAACCUCUAGUAACAAAAUCGCAACGGUUUCUUAUGAGUUUAACCUCUUAAGAACCAGAGGACCUAGGAGAAUGCAAUGUGUCAUCAACUCUAUUCCAAUUUCCUCCAUUCAAGAGGGAGGAAUUGCUCCAACGCCCACAUCACUUUCAGAUCAUGAUCUCAAUGAUGAUGAGAAGAAACCUUCAUCUUCUUCCUCAUCAGAAGAACCGCUGAUGUUAAGAAACAAGUUGCCCAGAUGGCACGAACAGCUACAAUGCUGGUGCCUGAAUUUCAAAGGGCGUGUGACGGUUGCUUCAGUCAAGAACUUCCAGCUCUCGGUAGCUGUGGAUUCAUCACUUCCUAAUGUUCCUUUGUCUGAGAAAGAAAAGGUGAUAUUACAAUUUGGAAAGAUUGGAAAAGACAUCUUCACCAUGGAUUACAGCUACCCACUUUCUGCUUUCCAAGCCUUUGCUAUUUGCCUGAGUAGCUUCGACACCAAAUCAGUCUGCGACUAAUAUAUAUCAUUCCUUCUUUA